AUGCAUACUACAUCAAAAUGGCUUUGUGACAGAUAUGCAAACAAGCUGAAGCGCAACUCAUACUUUGAUCUGAAAUCAUUUCAACAAGAUGUGUUGGAAGAUUACAAAAGAAAUGUCACCAUACUUCAAGUUUAUAGGGCAAAGAGGCUAGCCAGAGAUUUAAAUGAAGAAGAAUUGAAAACUGCAAACAAGGGUAGUACAGUGAAGAUUAAAACUCAAAUUGUGAAUGGUGAGACAACCGUUAUUGGUGUUGAUGGUUACCAUUUGAAAGGGCCUUAUCUUGGACAGAUCUUGACGGCUGUUGGGGUGGAUGGGAACAAUGGUUAUUUCUCAUUAGCUUAUGCAGUGGUUGAUAUUGAGAGUAAAGACUCUUGGAUUUGGUUUUUCAAUCUUCUUAUUAAGGAUUUAGGGAUUACAAAUGGAAAAGCUUAG